AUUAACAUCUAAUUAAUUUGAUAAUUGGGAGAAUCGACAAGUACAGAGCUAGAAAGAAACGGAAAUUAUAAUCAUGGAAAAGCUCUCACCGAUGUGGCCACCAUCUUUAUGAUUUCAUAAAGUGGACGUCUUUGUGAUGUCAUAAGACGUCCUCUGUUUUUUUUCUAAACAAAAGAAAGUACUUCGAACAUUUCAGUGAGGUGAUUAGGGUCUAGUUAAUUAAUUCACUAACUAAUUGUGAGGAAAAGGAUGGAUAUUGUACAUUUGUGUGAGCUUCGUCAGUGUUGUUGGGACGAUUAAUUCCCAGAAUCGUGGAAUAACAAACCGGAUUUGGCCUUCGCCUGAUGUUUAGAAAGAGAAAUGGAUGAAAACCAUUGACAUAUUCAUGAAAGCUGCCUUAAUCAGACUGUCACAAUCACCAAAGACAAUUCUAAAAUGAAAAUAGUUUUUUUUGUUUGUCGAGUUCAUUAAGAACGAUGUGAGCAUUGCAUUCGUCAAAAUCAUCUCUACAUGACCAACAUUUUUGUCACGUCACAAGAUGGCGUCUAUGGGUCAUUUGGCCAAAGAAAAGUACUUCGUACGUCCUAGUGUUGUGAAUUAACCUCUAAGUAACUGAUCAAUUGAUGAAUUAACCUGGACAAAGUGGACAGUGAGAUUUCAUUCGGAGAUUGUUGUUGUGAAAAGUGAUACAAGUAUAUCCGUGUGUUUCGUUGUUGUCAAUGUGGUGUUUAAUCCGCAAGAUGGCGGUCAGUGUGUGCCAAGGGAGUUGUGGUCUUCCUCGGCGGAGGGUUCAAACGCCGACAGAUUGAAAGUAAUUGUUUUUUGUGGGUGUAAGUGCCCUUCGAGAGGAGAGAGCUGCUGGCAGAGAUUAUUCCGGUCUUCCCUAUUGUUACCUCGGGUAGGUGAAAGAAAAGGGGUUAACAGGCACUCGAGGUACCGAGAGGACAGUGCAAGGACCGAGGAAGUCAGUGAUGAUGUCAGAGUCCAUAGAUUCUUGUUGAAUUAACCUAAGCCCAAGGAUUAAUAUCGAGAAAGUGAAGGUGAAGGGAAGAAUUUGCUUGAGCGAUGGCGAUGCCCCAGGCAGGAGGUAUGGAUCCCUGGGUAAUCAACCCCAGGGAGAAGAUCCACUACAAAGAGCAGUUCGAUGCACUGAAGCCAGUCAAUGGGGUUGUAACUGGUGAACAGGCUAAGGGAUUUUUAUUGCGAUCCCAACUUGCACCAGCUAUUCUCGGUGAGAUCUGGGCCCUGUCAGACACCGAUGCCGAUGGAAAAAUGGAUGUCAACGAGUUCAGCAUCGCCUGCAAGUUGAUUCACCUCAAGUUGAGGGGUCAUGAGGUCCCAAAGACACUGCCUCCCUCACUUAUCCAGAGUUUACCAUCACCAAUUGCAGCGCCUGUAGCAGUUUCAAAUGGAUUUCCAAUUCAGCAGCAAAGUGUGAACUCUCUAGUUAAUCUCGGUGGCGUAGUGCCAGCCCAGCCAGUGAUGACAGCCCCAGGGCGGCCUGUAGUUCCCCCAAUGCAGAUGCCCCUUGGGACGCGACAAUUUAGUGGUGCUAGUGGUACACUUCCAACAAAUAUUCCAGCUAAACCACCCGCUAGGCCUGCACCACCCUUCAUGGCAAACGUAAGUACUGGAGUAACACCAGUUGCUGGACCACCCCAAAGACCCGCCCCACCAGGUAACAUCGGUGCAGGUUUCAAUGCAACCACCGGGAUUCAGCCUCCACCAAAGCCAGCGCCUCCAUCAUUUCCAAACAGUCCAGUGGCAUCAGCGCAGUCCCAGAUUCCCCCACUAUCGCAGCCCCAGAUUCUCCCUAGUGUUGGUCAAAUGCCGCAAACACAGAUUCUCCCUGGAAUACAGCAGAUGCAGAUGGUACCAAUGCCUGGAGGAGCACCAAUAGCUCCACUUAACACAACACCAGCGCCAAUUCAGGCUUUUGGAAUGGGCCCCCAGAUGAUGCCAACAAUUCCCAGUGUUCCUGUGGUGCCUCUAGUCCCUGGAAUAAUGCCAACAGUUCCUUCCAAUGGCGUAGCCCUUCAUCAGCCACCAGUGACACCAGCACCUAUUGCAGCUGUUAUGGGGACACCAGUUUCCACAAAUACUCCAGUCAGUACCACAGCAAGACCCCCUAGCAUCGACAGAGUUGGAUCCAUUGAUUCCCAGCACAGUCAGCACAGCCAACACAGCCAGCAUAGCCAGCAUAGCCAGCCACCCCUAUCAUCACCACCAACAGUUGAGUGGGCUGUCCCUCAUCAGACAAAGCUGAGGUAUACGCAGACCUUCAACACCUGCGACAGAACGAGAACGGGAUUUUUAUCUGGACCUCAGGCUAGGAAUAUAAUGGUCCAGACGCAGCUGCCACAGGCAACUCUCGCAAAAAUCUGGCGGCUCGCUGAUAUGGACGCUGAUGGUAGACUGGGGUGCGAAGAGUUUGUCCUGGCAAUGCAUCUCUGCGAUCUUGCCAAGGCUGGAGAAAAUAUUCCCGACGCUUUGACAGCGGACCUAAUUCCCCCGACAUUCCGCCGCCAACGUCAGAGCAGCGUCUCAUCGGGAGGUCUUCCCGAGACAAUUGAUCCCUCGGCAGGUAUGCCACAGUCCUCCUUCGAGGACAAGCGUAAAGAGAAUUACGAGAAGGGUCAAGCGGAACUAGAUCGUCGGCGUAAGUCCCUCCAGGAGCAGCAGCGCAAAGAGCAAGAAGAGCGCGAGCGCAAGGAGCGUGAGGAAGCUGAGAAACAGGAGAAAAUUCGUCUGGAGCAGGAGCGUCGUCGUCAGGCUGAGAUUGAGAAGCAAAUGCUUCGACAGCGUGAAAUUGAGCAGGAGAAGGAGGAGCAGAGGCGACGCGCUCAGGACCAGAAAGAGGCAGCUAAAAAGGAGAUGGAGAGACAACGUCUCCUAGAGUGGGAGACCCAGAAGUCUCAGGAGCUUCAGGCACAGCGUCAGAAGGAGCAGGACAUUCUACUCAAGCUAAAAGCGAAGAACCAAACGUUGACCAUUGAACUGGGAUCCUUGAACGAUAAAGUUAAGGAGCUCUCUCAGAAAAUCUGCGACACAAGAGUUGGUGUAUCAGGUGUUAAAACAACGAUUGAUGGGAUGAGAGCCACCAGGGACUGUCAACAGGCGGAGAUGACAGCAUUGAAGAAUAAACUCAGAGAGCAGAAUCAGAGAUUACUGGCACUGAGCCAGGAAAAAGCCAGAAUUGAGGCGAAAAAUAAGAUGAAUGCAGCACAGGAUUCAGCUGGACAGGAAGCAAUGAGAAUGGCAUUUGCCAAUAAGCAGAUAACCCUCAAGCAGAUGAAGGAUAAGAUCGAGGAUCUUGAAAAGCAAAUAGCAGAGAAGAGCAUGGAUAUUGAAAAUAAUAACAGCCAGCUGGAGGAGAUGAAGGACAAGAUGAAGACACUUGCUGGCGAUUGCAAAGGCCUCUACAAGAAUUUUGAUCUAAAAAGAUCACAAAUUCUGGAGCUCAGGGGGGCAGUGACAUCUGGUGGAGUUGAUUAUGCCAGUGCUGCUUGGGGGGAGAGCGCUUGGGCAAGUGAUCCUGUCACUACUGCUAAUGAAUCCUGGCCUGUUGAUACCAAUGAAGCUGACGUCGUUGAAACUGGAAUUGUCAAGUAUCGAGCACUCUACGAAUUCGUUGCUCGAAAUGAUGAGGAGAUAUCCUUCCAACCUGGAGAUAUAAUUCUGGUGCCUCCUGUUCAGAAUAAAGAGCCUGGUUGGAUGGCUGGUGAGAUCAGGGGACACACUGGAUGGUUCCCUGAGUCGUAUGUGGAGCCGGUUGAUGGGGUUGAUGAGGGGGGUAAAUUUGUCCAACAGGACUCAGUGGAGAGGAAACCCCUCGAGGAGAUUGCUGAGGUACCGGAGAAUGUCUCCGAGGCUGGAUCACUGGGGGACACCCAGGUACAGCCAGAGGUUACUACUGCCAGGGAGGGGAAUUAUUAUGUUGCCCUGUAUCAGUAUUCGUCCACUGAACCUGAUGAUUUGAGCUUUAACGAGGGAGAGAUCAUUGAGGUGACUAAGAGCGAGGGCGAGUGGUGGUCUGGCAUCAUUGGAAAUAGAAGUGGAUAUUUUCCGUCUAAUUAUGUGGAGAAGUGCGAGCCUAAUAUUAAUCAGAUCGCACCAGUUACCACAGCACCUGCCCAGGAAUCCAUCACCCCGGUACCAGUACAAGCGUCUCCAACGACAGAAAAAACAGCUGAGCAACUCGAGGAUGAGAGACAAGCUGCCGAGGACAGGGCUGAAUUGCCUGAUUUCACAGCAAUGGCUUCGCAACAGGGGCGAGGGAGGAAACCAGAGAUUGUGCAGGUCCUGGCACCCUAUCAGGCCACAAGUGCUGAACAGCUGAAUCUUCAGAGGGGUCAGCUCAUCAUGAUCAGGAAGAAGACAGACUCUGGAUGGUGGGAAGGGGAGUUGCAGGCAAGAGGUAAAAAAAGGCAAAUUGGCUGGUUCCCAGCGUCCUAUGUUAAACCUUUAACGAGUAGCAGUAACCGGUCGACCCCAGUCUCUCAUGGGUAUCAGGAUUCUCCAACAGAUCCCAAUGUUGAGCGAGUGAUGGCUCUCUACCCCCACCAAGCCCAAAAUGACGACGAAUUGACUUUCGAGAAGGGGGAGGUGAUAACAGUCCUGGCGAAGCAGGAGGAGGCCUGGUGGAAGGGUGAACUCAACGGAAUUAUUGGCAUAUUCCCCAGCAACUACGUGACACCCAUGUCUGAUGAUCCGAGCGAUUUCGUUAUCUCCUCGGUGGAUCCCCUCGAGUUAAAACGUCAGGAUUACAUACGAGAAUUAAUAGCAACCGAGGAGGCGUACAUUAACGACAUGAGGCUUGUCCACGAGGUCUUUGAAAAGCCCUUGAUUCAGAGUAUGGUCCUGACAGUGGACGAAGUCGAAAGGAUAUUCGUCAACUGGAGGGACAUAAUUGCGUGUAACGACAAUUUUCUGAGAACAUUGAGAAUAAGACGAGACAACAGCGAGGACGGAACUGUCCGGAUGAUUGGAGAUAUUUUAUGCGAGAACAUUCCCAGAAUGUCAGCGUACGUUCGUUUCUGCAGCUGUCAGAUAUCAGCUGCUGUUUAUCUCCAGAGGCUGACCGAAACGUCACCGGAAUUUGUGGCCAUUGCUCAGGCAUGCCAGAAGGACCCCAAGACUAAGGGCAUGCCCUUGAGUUCUUUUCUCAUAAAACCGAUGCAGAGGAUCACCAAGUAUCCCCUCAUCAUCAGCAAGAUCCUGGAGUACACGCCACUCGAACAUCCGGACAGGCAGUACCUCACGGAGGCACUAGCCAAGGCAGAGGAAUUUUGCACACAGGUGAACGAGGGGGUGCGCGAGAAGGAGAACAGCGAUCGUCUCGAAUGGCUGCAGACACAUGUCGCCUGCGGUGAGAGUGUUCUUGAGGAGAAACUCGUAUUCAAUUCGCUGACUAAUUCUGCAGGCCCUAGGAAACUUCUGCAUUACGGCAUUCUUCAUAAGGCAAAAAGUGGCAAGGAGCUUGUCGCAUUUCUCACCAAUGAUUUUCUUCUAUUUGCUCAACCGUUGAAGGCACUACCGGCUGGGCAACAAUUUUCAUUCGAACGAAAUGAGAACAAUAAGUUUAAACUCUAUAGAAAGACAAUAUUUCUGAAUGAAUUGACGAUGAUUGGAGAGACUGAAACGAAUGGGAAUUCAACGAUAAUCCACACAGAUGCCAAUGACAACACAUCGAGAAUCCUCGGCCUACGAGACUCCACGAAGAAGCCUAUCCUCCUGUUGGCCCCAUCUACCAACGAGUGUCAUUUAUGGGUGAAGAAGAUCAACGAGGCUCGUAAGCAAUUCGCUAGGAACGAGAAAAAUCUUCUGCAACGUCAGCGCUCAAGACAAGCGCAAUUUGGAGCUUGUGGGAGGAUCUUGGCGACAGUGUUGCAGGGGAGCAGCAUUAAAACCCUAGCCGUUCGCAGAACACCCAAAGGACGAUUGCACGUUUUUAUUGUUGAGGGGGAGGAUUUAGUUAUGACAAAAGGCAAGUGUAACGCGUUUUGCAAAGUCUCCAUGGGAUCUCAAGAGGAGAGAACUCCAGUGGUCUCUGGAACAGACUGUCCCAUGUGGGAUACGUCAAUGCAAUUCCAAGUGAAAGACCUUAACGAGGACACACUUUGCAUAACAGUCUUUGAUAAGAGCUAUUACACUCCAGACGAUUUUCUUGGACGAGCGGAAGUGCGAAUUGUCGACAUAAUGCGGGAUUGUAAGGACUCAUGUGGUCCCAUCCAGAAGCGAAUAAAAUUACGGGAAGUUGAUAAUGGGGAGGUGAUUCUAAAACUCGACCUCCAGUUGUUCAAAAGUUGACAGGAUUCACCGAAGAAGGGAAUCCUAGAGGUUCUUUUGCAGGGCAGUGCAUUUAUUUCAAAGAAAUAAUUGAAAUUCUCAGCAAUCAGUGCAUGAAUUAAUUUAUUUAUUCCUAAGGUAAAGUGACAAAACGAAAAAAAAUUGAAGCUCGAUAUAAAAAGCGUCAAUUAAAUUUUUUUUAUAUUUUUUUUUCUUGUCUCGCAAUUUAUACUGAAAUCACCGAUUAAUUACAACGCAAUUCACCUAUAAGACUUGAUACAACGAACAAAGAUAAGAUUACAUUUAAUUAAUAUAUCUAGUCGUGAUACGCACAUGCAUUACUGGCAUAUGGGUACCAAGACGAUGUUAAGUAUGAUAUUCAUUUGAGUUAUGCAUGAAAAUUCGUACAUAUGCGAACAGUACCAGAAAUACUUUUCGUUGAGAACAAAUAUAUGUCCUGAGGAAAUUAAUUAUUCAAUUGAUUGAAUACAUGGUACUAUCGCAUACGUACAAAGUUGAACAUUCCAUUGAGUUGAAUAAAUAUACAAUUUAUUAUUUAUAAUAACUGUUGAGUGAUGAAUGAGACAUGAGACAGUGGAGAUCGUUGAGUUCUAGAAGUAAUGACGAUGAAUUAAUUAUUAAGACAUGGUUACUCUUGCUGUUCUAUAGGUAAUGAGUAGAUAAAGAGGAGUUGAAAAAUUUUACAGUCUCUCAAAAUGUCAGUGCUGAAAUUGAUAGAUCGAAAUGAUCUUAAAAUUCCGAAGAUGAUCGGUUCGCAGAGAAAUACGACUGCCAGGGGAGUUUACUUUCACGAAAUCAUGGGUAGGAUUUUUUAAAAAAUUUCCCAACUCAUCUUUCGCAGGAGAAACGAGUGUAUAAAUUUUCCACAUGAAUUCUAAUGCUAGUGAAUCUCAUUUUCUAUUGAAAAUAAAGUUUUUCCUAAGUAUAUUCAUAUAUUUAUUACAAGAAAAUUUACUGGAUGCAAAUAUUUAUGUACAUCUUCUUGUGGUAAAUGAAUAGACCCAGCAAAAGCAAUUUUUCUCGCGAAAAAAAUUUUUCACUCGUUCCCUCCACAUACCCGAUUACUCCCCAUAGGAAGUCCUCGGUGCGGACUCCUUGACUCCACGUGGCUUCUCGACGACCCCCACGAUCUCCUUAUUCCUCAAAUCGCUGGGCACCUCCGCGGAGUCCAUCGGGAACUCUAGAAUCGGUUGAAAUCCCCCGAACAACUGAGGCUUAAAAUUUUCAGGGUCGAAUUCACUGGCUUCAGUUUGAAGACCGGCCUCCACCUCCCCAUCAUCUCCAGGAGGAUCACUCCCCGAAGACGUGAAGUUUCCACCCCUCUCUUCAGUAUCCCCCUUUCCCUCCAUGCCUACCCUGUUCUCAGCCUCUGCGGUGUUGGUCUCCACGUUCUCCGGUCUCACUGUCACUACACUCCAGCCGUCCCUGGAGGGCACCUCAGCGCUGACACUAGCCACAAACGGAGCCAUAAAAUUCUGAGGAGAUGGCGCCGAGCUGGCGGAGCUGGACGGCUGCUGGGACGGUAGUAAGACAGGAUUACGUUCGUAAACCUCACUGGACUCUGGGGCCUGAUGGGGCCUCAUGGUCGGAGUGUAGACGAAGGCAAUUGGUGUGGAUCCACCCGGAGAACCUGGAGAACCCCCUGAAGAGCCUGCCAAUGGACUCGCUCCAAUGUGCAACGUAGUGGAGAUGGCGUUGGGUUUGAUGGCGAAGGGCACAUGAUCCUGGAGAUACGGAAUGACAUUGAUGCUUGUGUCCUUGAUGCCCUCCUCAUCGUCGUCCUGCAUCUGCUCGUUAGGCACUAGCAAAGGCCUCUCCUUCACGGGGCUGAUGAACAUCCCAGGGUCAGGUCGCUCGAGGGGGUAUGGAAAGUCCGAGACGACGACCUUGCCAGGCAUCUUGAUCUCCUCAUCGUCUCCCGGGGAUAUGGCGAGAGUAUCAGGGGGUAGGGGUCUCUCCCCACCGUGUGUUCCCACUACCACGCUUUCAUCGAGAUGUUUGUCAUCAUCUUCGUCGCCGUGAAUUCCCAGGGCUCCUUUUACGGGGUAGACCACGAAGACAGGGGCGACUUCCUCAACACCUGGCUUAACUCUCCUGUCAUCCUCAUCCUCCUGGGGCUCGUCUCCCUGCAUUCCCUCUUCUUCCACUUCUCCAACGUCCCCGUGAUGCUGGAUCAUCUGGAGGGUCGUCACUCUCGUGUCAUUUCCACUUUUACGUUCGAAAAAUUUUGGCGGACGCGGGGGGAGGGGACCCUCCAACUUGUCGGAGUUCUCGUCAUUAAGUCGUGAUUUGAGAACUUGAUUGCCGCGAUUUCGCUCGUCGAUGAGACCCUCCCCGACGUUCCUACGGAUGGGAAUGUCCUUUUGAUGGUCCUCUGGACCUCGGAGGUCGACCAGGGCCUCUGGGGAGGGCAGUCUCAGGGCGUAGAUUGGCGGUGGUAGUGGUGGAGGUGGGGGUUUUAAUCUCUGAAGAGGGGAGACGGGUUGGGAGGGAAGCCUAGGAGGGGGUCUGUGGGAGGAUGGUGGGUGCAACGAGGGCCUCACUGACACUCGAGUCGGGUAUUUUGGAGGACUGGAGAUGAUCAUGGUACCAAUGGCCUCACUCCCUCGUCUCUGAGAGGUUUUCACGUUCGGCCGGAAUUGUGGGAGAAUAUUGGGAAGAUUAAUGUCGAUUGGCGGACGGAUUUUAUACGCAUUCGGUGGCCUUGGGAUCCGGUUGGGGAGGUCCAGUGGACGCGAGUGGUAGUGGUAAUGCGGUCGGCCAUUUGGAGGGUGCCCUGGUGGGUGUGGAUGAUGCGGCUGACCGGAGGGGUGCGGAUGUACUGGACGAACAGGUCUGUCCACAGCCGGUGGCAUCAGCACAUCAGAUAAUUCCGAAAAUCCCAGUGCUCCCAACACUCCUGAUGAUCCCACUGUCGUUGUCAUGGCUUCAGUACUGGAGACCACUGGAGCCGGUGAAGUCGAGGGCUCAGAGGUUGGAAAGACAACCCUGUAGCCGGCGCCCACAUUAACUCGAUUAUCUUUAUCGUUAUCGUCGACACUCUGUGGGUUCUCGGACUGAUCCUUAUUGAACCACCACUUGUGCCCACUGCUUAUCACAUCCCUCUGGGGGAAUUGAAACCCGGAUGGGACCUUGGGAGCGUCCUGAGGGGCCUGGACCUCUGAGGAAGGCACUCCGAUCUUCAAAUCGUGAUCGUAAUUCGUGUCCAUUCGAUUUGGUGACACCACAGCAUCUCCAUAAGGGGACUCUGCAACAGCGCUUCCGUGUCCGUAGUACGUCCCCUGGACAUUCUGUCUGUUCCCCAGGACGAAGGAGAUGGUGUCCUGGUCGGGAGGGACUAUAACAUUGCUGGAGGACUCGACGGCGAGAGGAUUAAAUCCCGGAUAGCCCUGAGGGCCGUCGGGACUGAAGCUAGGGUAGUUCUGGUGACCAUUGACUACUGUAGUCACCGGUGGUGGCCUCUGAUUGUUGACGAGGGGGCUCUGAGAGGCUCUUGGAGGGUCCGUAGUUGAAGCUUCAGUGGUUCUCAUUGUCGUCGUUGUCAUCGUUGUUGUGGGAGUCGUAGUAGUACUCGGUCUUGUCGUUGUUGAUGGUCUACUCGUAGUCGUUGAGGACGGUGAUGACGGUGCUGAUGGCUCCUGAUGCAGAUAAUCGUACCCAUCGUCAUAAUCAAACUUUGGGAAUGAGACGAAGUGAUCUCCUCCAUUUCCUGAAGUCUGCAUCUUCUCAAUGGGCAGCAUAAUCUCCUCGUCGUAAUUCAUGCUGUAACGAUCCGCUGGCUGGGGCUUCCACGUGGUGACGGGUUCCACUGUCGUCGCUUUCUUGGUAGUGGUGGUAGCUCUCGUUGUCGUUGUUGGUUUAGCUGUAGUGGUCGUUGUUGUCGUCGUUGUGGUAGUUCUGGUCGUUCUGAUUGUCGUUGUCGGGCGCUUGGUUGUUCUGGGAACGUAGGGAGUUCGUGUGUUGGAAUAUGACUGCGAUGUUGAUGCUUUUCCUGGGUGACUUAUGCUGUUGUAGUUCUUGUGAUUCAAGGAAUUGUAGAUCUUGUAACCCGAUGAACCUCCCUGGACCUUAGUAUUUGCAUAGGAAUUCGAGAUGAGGGGGUACUUGUCACUCGUGUACUUCUCGUGAUCGUUGUAACGCACCGGAAGGUUGAGAUAAUCGUGAAAGCUCGGUGUGUAUGGGUUUAUCUCGUUGGGCAUCUGCUGAUCGUCUUCAUUCUUGUUGCUGAUUAUGGCGUCAUUCUCGGUUUCUUCAUUCCCGGUCUCGCUUUCCUCUUUAUGUACAUCAUCGCUGGCGUAAGAACCGGUGUAAUUGAGGGCUUUAAAUGGCGGUGCCUUGCCAAAGUCGAUUUGUCCGGUAACGGGAUCCUUCUCCAGGGAGAAUGGCUGACCACCGUUGAAAGCUAAUGGCGGUAUACUUGGACGAUGAUGAUGAUCUUCUGAGGACGGUGAUGUUGGCUCGUUGUCCAAGUGACCACCCAUCAGGGAAUCACCGGUAACUGGUGACCAGGCUGCUAGAGAUGCCAGGACCGUGACGAUAAUUAUUCGUUGCCAUUGUAAAUUGUCCAUUUCUGGAAGAGUAAAUGAGAAAAUUACGCGGAAGUCGAGGAUUUUGCUAUUAUCCAGAAAUGUAGCGGAAGACAAAAGUGAUUGGUAGAUUAGAUGGAGAUCUCUUGAAAGUUCUCUCUAAAUUUCUCAAGCAGUUUUUAUUAAAUUAUUUCAUUAGUGUUAAUUGGCGAAUUCGUUGAGUCACAAAAUGCGAAACAACUUUUUAUCGUCAUCUCCAUUUCAAGUGAAUUUCCCCCUCGAUCAUCACUUUCCUCCUUUGUGUUACUUUCUGGGGUCAGCACAACUGCUGGUACCAUACCGUCAACCCAAAAUACCUUAAGGAGUCAUAGAUUCCGAUAAAUCUGGGUCAACGACCACCAACGAGCAUUGACAUACCUGAUACAAACAGUCCCACUACAUCUAUCAUUUAUCUGCUGACGUCUUCCUUUCUCCUCUUCUCGAAUAUUUCCACAACGAUAGAAACCGAUUUUAUGAGGACAUCCUCAGCAUUCUGAGGUCUCUCUUUCGACAAACACAAUUUAGAAAAAAAAUUGUCUUCUCAAAAUAUCACUCGUCUCGCGAAUACCAGUGCUCUUACUGCUGGAUGAUACCAGACUGAAGUAUCUUCCUCACACCACUUCUGAGGACGUCCCCGUGGUACUUCCACCUGGGGCUAUCUCACAACUGCCGGAAUGUACCUGCGAUACCUUUCCUCGAGCUCCCGCACGAGAGGGAACGCAAUAGAAAAAGAAAAGAAAUUGAAAAAAAAAAAGGAAAUAUAAAUCGUAAUGAUGGAAUGAAGAGGUUGAUGGUAGGUGGGGAACAAGUGGCAGAGUCAGACGGUGGGGGAGGGGAUCGCAGUGAGUUUGAAGCGGGACCGAGGUGGUCGGGUAUUGAAACGGUACGGUGAACAGUUAGACGACGACCCACAUACAUACAGACCUGCCCAUCUGCCCCGGACAUCGUGCCAGUUUUCUCGACCUUACCCUCUAUGUGUAUUAAUAUUUAAAUAUUCAUUUGGAUGGACUGAUGAUAACCGUGAUGAUGAGCACCUCCACAGGAAUUUAGUUUCUUCAUUCGGAGGGAGAGAAUUUCCGGGGCUUUAUCGAGGCCUUUUCGGUGAAUAGCUGACGAUAAAUACUGACACUAAUUUCAAACUCAAUCCCUAAACCUUAGCGGGUUGGGAAAGGCUCCAGUGUAGGAAGAACGUGGGUUAUCUCGACCAAGGUCAUCAGAUCUUUCAUCCGGAACAGAAUGAUUCCUCAAGAUUAAUUAAGGACUGUUGAAACACCUCAAUGAGGGAUGGGUUGAAUGUGAGAGUAAUUAGGUUCGAGAUUAGAAUUGAUGAGGAGUAAUUGAGGGGCUUUCAUCAUGUGGAUGAUUAUUAAUGUAACCCCGUGACUAGAAGGGUAAGGGCACUUUGGAAAAAUUAGAAAUUUAAAUUAAUGAAAAUUAGUUAAUUAGAUUUCGUCAUGGAGGCGACGAGGAUUGGGACUGGGAAUUUUUCGCCUGAUCGAUAUUCGAAGUUCGACGUCAGUUUCCAAAAAUUAAAAUUUGAAUCAAUCAAGACUAACUUAUUAGAUUUUAUCAAUGUUCAUUCGCAUGAAACACCAAUGAUUCACAACAUCUAAGGUACACGUAACGGUUCAUCGACCUAGAUUAUAAUGAGAGAGGCUUCAUGGUGAUGUUUAUUCAUGAGCAUCCCUGAGUCGAUUGUAGGGGUUCAAUAGUUGCGAUUAGACCUGCAAUAAUCAUUGAUGUUAAUUAGACACCGAGGAAAAAGGUUCUGGAGGUAUUGAAAUUGUGAAAGUCUCGGGGGAAAAUAUUUUUCGAUGAAAGUGAGAGAUUAUUCUCAGUUGACUCUUCGUUCUACCACGAGGUACGAAAAAAUAUUCAAUAUUUUCCUCGAGACAUCGCAGUUUUGAAAAAAAUCACAGGAUAAUUCAUUAGUUAGUUAUACAAUCAUUAUCUUCAAAACUAUUCAUGUAAUUUAUUGUAUAUAGAGUAGAAAAAAAUCCAUAUCAAUCAUUGAACUGUAGAUUAUUGAGAUUAAACAGUUAAUCACGUU